AAGCUGUCUCCUUCCAAGACCUCAGUGAUGUCGUUGCCCUGGAAAACACCAAGAAACUACAAGGGAUUUAUAAGCAUGUGGAUGAUGUGGAUGAUGUGGAUGUGGAACUGUGGAGCGCUGGUCGGGCCCACGUUUGGCUGUUUGAUUGGUCGCCAGUUCCACCACCUGAGGCGAGGCGAUCGUUACUGGUAUGAGGACGACAUCCCGCCCUCCUCAUUCACUAAGGAACAACUUUACGAGCUCUGCAAGACCAGCCUGGGACGUGUGAUCUGCGACAGCAGCGACAAGCUCCAGCACGUCCAGCCCAAGGUCAUGCUGGAGGCUGAUUCCUUCCUGAAUGCCCCAAUGGCCUGCCAGGGGAAGCAUAUCAAGGGUGUGGACCUGAAGAAGUGGAAGACCGCCAGCCCCAACUUCAUCAUUCCCGACAAGAUGCUUCAGGAGAGCAUUGAGAGGGCCAGGCGCGACAUCACCAACAUGAGGGACUCUGAGGUGAGGAGAUGCCGCGAAGACUAG